GUGUAAAAAUAGAAAUAUGGACCCUCUGACUGAUCACCGAUGACUGUACUUACUUAGUUAAUCGUGGAAUUUUAUAUUUGUUUUAUUUACUGUAUCGCCCCCAAGCCAAUCACAACCACUUACAAUUAAUUACUGCAAUUUUGCACCUACAGAAUUGGAUACGUGAGAGUGUGGUGAAGUGAGGCAACCUGCUAUCAUAACUGUACCAAGCUUUUGUUGGGACUCGGAGUGUGUUUGAGUGGAUUUAUUUUUUAAAUAACAAGUUAAGUUUAACCUUGAUCAUGCCUAAAGGAGGGAAAAAAGGGGGUCAUAAAGGUCGCAUGAGAACCUACACAAGUCCUGAAGAAAUAGAUGCUCAAAUGAAAGAAGAAAAAGAACGAAAAAAGAAUGAAGAAGAAGAAGGUGCAGCAGUGAACGACAACCAGAGUGAGGACAAACUGACAGCAUCAGGCUCAGAGGACAGUGACGAUGAGGGGUCUCAGAAAAAGAAGGGUAUUGAAGGAUUGAUAGAGAUUGAAAAUCCUAAUCGAGUUGCCCAAAAAACAAAGAAAGUCACAGAGAUAGAACUUGAGGGUCCUAAACAGCUUUCCAGAAGAGAAAGAGAAGAGAUUGAAAAGCAAAAGGCCAAGGAGAGGUAUAUGAAAAUGCAUUUAGCAGGAAAGACAGAUCAAGCUAAAGCCGACCUCGCUCGACUCGCCAUUAUUAGAAAACAACGUGAGGAGGCUGCACGGAAAAAAGAAGAGGAACGUAAAGAAAAAGAUGCAACAGUGGCGGCAGCAGCAGCGGCGAAAGGACUACAUACAUUGUCACUCAAGUAAUCCAAAUAUUGGAUUCUUAGAGGUUUUAAUGCAUUUGUGGACAGUAUAUAAUUAUAUUGACAAUGUUAUAUUUGAAGACAACGCAAAAGAUAAUGUGGUAUGCUAUGUAAGA